CGGCGCUGAAAGAGGGGCGAUAGUGUGCAGGGUUGAUUAAAAGGGACAUUGAUCACAAGGGGACUUGAAGGGAAGGAAGAAAAAGAGGAGGCAAAGAAAGAAAAGAGAAAGAGAGAGAGAAGCAGGAGGUGGGAAAAGAAAUAGGAGCCGAGGCCAUGAAAAGCUGCACGCGGGAGCGGUAGACAGAGCAGUAACGGCACCAGGGGCAGCCCGGGGCUCGCUAAAACGCUCUGCCUUUAAUGCAUUUGCUUGUGCGGUGCAAAAAUAAACCGCUUCAGCACAUUGAAUUGCAGUCUAUACUUUCCCGAAGGUAAAGGGCGAUGGUAAUGUACCUAAACUAAGGGAGUUCCCGGCAACGCUCCAGAGAAAGCAGCUCUCCCAAGACGAGAGCAGCCCUUCGGCUUGCAACGCGCACGGCGACGCGGAGGCUAAGCCAGAAAAGGCGAGCAACGGGCCGAGUUCGGACCGACGGCUCCGCUCGCGCCCCUCCGGCUCCAUCCCGCCGGCCGCCGUGGCUCUUUGGAUAGGGGCGCUUUGCGGAGCGGCCCCCCCAGCCUGGCCUGCCCGAGUCCUUCCUCAUGCUAGAUACGCUUCGCUCGCCGGUAGUCUCUCUCGCGUCGGACAUGGCGAUCUGCAAGACGGUGGCCUGGCUGAACGAACAGCUGGAGCUGGGCAACGAGCGGCUGCUGCUGAUGGACUGCCGCCCGCAGGAGCUCUACGAGUCGUCGCACAUCGAGUCGGCCAUCAACGUGGCCCUGCCGGGGAUUAUGCUGCGCCGGCUGCAGAAGGGCAACCUGCCGCUGCGCGCCCUCUUCGCCCGGGGCGAGGAGGAGCGCGAAAAGUUCGCCCGCCGCUGCGGAACCGACACCGUGGUCCUCUACGACGAGAACAGCAGCGACUGGAACGAGAACACGGUGGGCGACUCUGUGCUGGGGCUGCUCCUCAAGCGCCUGAAAGACGACGGCUGUAAGGCCUUCUACCUGGAAGGGGGUUUCUGCAGGUUCCAGGCAGAGUAUGCCUUGCACUGCGAAACAAAUCUAGACAGUUCAUGUAGCAGCAAUUCUCCACCUUUGCCAGUCUUGGGGUUGGGUGGUCUCCGAAUCAGCUCUGACUCCUCUUCAGAUGUGGAAUCCGAUAUUGACAGAGAUCCUAACAGUGCCACAGACUCUGAUGGCAGCCCUUUGUCUAACAGCCAGCCUUCCUUCCCGGUGGAAAUCUUGCCAUACCUCUACUUGGGCUGCGCCAAGGACUCUACUAACCUGGAUGUUCUCGAAGAGUUUGGCAUUAAAUACAUAUUGAAUGUCACCCCCAACCUGCCCAAUCUCUUCGAAAAUGCUGGCGAGUUUAAGUACAAGCAGAUCCCUAUCUCUGAUCAUUGGAGCCAAAACCUAUCCCAAUUCUUCCCUGAAGCAAUCUCUUUUAUAGAUGAAGCUCGUGGGAAAAAUUGUGGGGUGCUUGUGCAUUGCCUUGCAGGGAUCAGUCGCUCUGUUACCGUGACAGUUGCAUACCUUAUGCAAAAACUCAACUUAUCCAUGAAUGAUGCUUAUGAUAUUGUCAAAAUGAAGAAAUCUAAUAUCUCCCCCAACUUUAAUUUCAUGGGACAGUUGCUAGACUUUGAAAGAACUCUGGGGCUGAAUAGCCCCUGUGAUAAUCGCAUGCCCACUCAGCAACUAUAUUUUACCACUCCUUCCAAUCAAAACGUCUUCCAGGUGGACUCUUUGCAAUCUACGUGAUCAUCAAUUCUUCCAACACUGGGUAUUUUCAGCAUUCCACAAUGCUUCUCUCUUGACAGCUAAAGAGAACUGCAAUUCUUUUGUGGGCCCUGGGUUUGGGCAGUAGCUGUCUCUGAUUCAACACAAUAAAGGUUACAACAGUUGGAAUCUGCUGUUGGAAAAUGAGGGAUUUUGCUGGGUUUUCCCAGCAGGAAAAAAGACAGAUACCGCUUCAAGUGGGACAGUAUAUUGUGCUCCGUGCACAAAAGACACUUAAGCAGUGACUUAAAAUUUAGGAUU